CUCAAAACUGUAAAUACAAAUACUUACAAUUUUGAUUUUUCAAUUAUAAUAUUUCAAAGAAAAUCCACAGACUGAAAAUGUCUUCUUUAAUGAGAUGAACAAUAUAACCGAAAAAUCAUCAUGUCGGCGUUUAAUCCUAGCGGGCCCGCGGAGAUAUUGAGAGCGGAACAAAAAGACGAGGAACUUUACGAACGAAUUAAUCGACAGCUAUGUAGUUUUCUUCUAAAAUUCAAAGGACAUGUGUUUAUAAACAAAAAUAAACAGAACAUCUUUUGCACGUCACAAUUACUGUACUAUGCGCUCACGACACUGUCUAAGCUCCAAACACUGGGCGAAGAAUAUACAAAAAUCGUCCAAGUUGGAAAAACUGGAAAACACGUCCCAGGACUUGUGCAAAGCACUGGUAUGAUAUUAGCCCAUGUAUUUGGAGACAGACUUAUCAUCCUAGCCUUGGAUCGUUUGAUUGAUAACGUUCAACAUAGCAAAUCGAUUACGAAUCAGGCUAAAGAUCAAAUCAUACAAGUCACAACAACUGUCAAAUCUCUAGUUCCACUGUUACAAAGCCUCAACAGAGUAUUAUUUUACUGGAACGGUUCCUUUUAUACGUGGGCUAAACGAUUUUUCCUCAUUAAAUAUAUCUAUGCAGUUCCAUGGUACCACCCUAAGCGGCCUUUACACGUGUUUAAAAUUCUUAGUGUUUUGACUGCCAUCCAUUUGAGUGUGCUCAUGAUUAUGGCCGUGUUAAAAUCCCCAAAAGCACAUAAAAAUGAGGAAGAACAUCCCAGUCAGUCGAUUCCAUUGAACAGUAGCAGUAAAUGUUCCCUUUGCUUAGAACCAAGACAAAAAACCUCGCUUUCAUUUUGUGGACAUCUGUUUUGUUGGUCUUGUAUUCAUGAAUGGUUACAAACUAACGACUUUUGUCCAAUAUGCCGCAAAGCAUUAAAUCCCAGAAUGGUGGUACCUUUACAAAAUUUUAUUUAGCUAAAUUUAUGGUACAAUUAUUGCGCGUUUAAUUAGGAAAAAGGGAAACAUUAUUGUGAUAAAAUUUUAGUUGAUUGGUAAAUUUUUAUUGUAUUUGAUAAGAUAUUUUUGUAUUAUCUAAAAAAAAGUAACUUAUUGUUCAAUUAUUUUGA